UGUGGUUACAGGGUGGAAUGUCUUUCUCAAGCUUUGAUAUCCAUCUAGUUAGUCUGGAUCACUAACAAACAGUGGAGCCUCAUGAUCCUGCUUUCUUUUCUAUUUCUGUUGCAAACACGGACAACUCAGAAAGGAGUUACCUCAACUCUAAGUGAGCUGCUUUCCUCCCGCUGCAAAGAUGAACUGGGCAGGCCUGGAGGUCCUGCUCGGUGGCGUGAACAAAUAUUCCACCGUUUUUGGCCGCGUCUGGCUCUCCGUGGUCUUCAUCUUCCGUGUUUUGGUGUUCGUGGUGGCUGCGCAGCCAGUAUGGGGAGAUGAGACCAAAGAUUUUGUGUGCAACACAGCCCAACCAGGCUGCAUCAAUGUGUGCUAUGACCACAUUUUCCCCAUCUCUCACGCGCGUUUGUGGGCCCUGCAGCUCAUCAUGGUAACCUGCCCGUCUCUCCUGGUGGUGGCUCACGUCAAGUUUAGAGAACAGAAGAAUCAGAAGUACACUCGAUUACACAAUGGCGAAUAUCUGUAUGCCAAUCCAGGCAGGAAGCGUGGGGGCCUGUGGUACACCUACCUGAUCAGUCUCAUAUUCAAAGCAGCCAUUGAUGGUGCCUUCCUCUACAUCCUGUACUAUAUCAACGAUGGGUAUGGCUUGCCCAGUCUGUCAAAGUGCAGCCUAAAUCCUUGCCCCAAUAUGGUGGACUGCUUCAUCUCCCGUCCAACUGAAAAGAGGAUCUUCAUUAUAUUCAUGGUGGUCACCUCUGCUUUGUGCAUCCUCAUGUGCAUCAUUGAGAUAAUCUACCUGGCGUGCAAACGUUGUCACAAGUUGCUCCGUAAGCGUCUGGACCAAGAGCACAUGCAGUCUGUUGAAGGACUUGAGCUGCAAGUUCUGUCUCAAUCUAGGGAUAAAUACACUAGAGUGGACCCCACUGCCUCUUCCACUCAGAGCCUCAGCAACGUCAAGAAGGGGGCGCCACUUCUGAGAUGAGUUAAUGCACUAACUUUGUCUGGAAUUGAAUUUUUUUUAUACGAUUAGGACUCUUGUCACUGGAGCGGUACCCUCAGUACCUUUAAUCAGGGAACAUGAUUGUACCAUAAUUCAUUGAAAUUAUAUCCAUGUUGUAUUGACUCUACAUAUCCUGCCUCGUCUCCAGGCAUUUUAUUUUAUUGUUCUGUUUUAAAACAUUAGGUUAUAAAAAGGCACAAAUAUGUACUUUUUA